AUGGGUCUCUCAGGCAGGAAGAACAAACAGCGUAUUCCCGCAGACCCUCGGAAUCUCUCCUGGGCGAACGAUGCCAACAAGUUCGGCACUUCGUACCUGCAGAAGUUCGGCUGGGACCCCUCGUCGGGCCUCGGGGCGUCCGGCGAGGGCCGCACGCGACAUAUAUCCGUCCACCAGAAGCUCGACAUGCUCGGGAUAGGCGCGGACCAUCGUAACAGCCAGGACGGGACGGCGUGGAAGCAGGGACGCGAUUUCGAGAAUCUGUUGCGCAGGCUGAACGAGGCCGCUGGGAAGGAGGUGGACGCGGGGGAGGUGGAGGCGGAGGCGAUGAAGGUGGAUGGGUUCGUCAGACCUGCUUCGUCCGAGGAGACUGUGAUCCGGGUCGAAGAGGAGGUUGACAUGGACAUUGAAGUGGCAGAGAAGAAAGAGAAGAAAAGACGGAAGAAGAGAGAACGGGAGCAGGCAGAGGAUGAAGAGGUUGCCGGGAGAGACGGCGCGAUGGAACGGAAGAAACUUAGAAAGUCCAAGUCUUCGGAGAACAGAUCGGACAAGGAGGGCAAGAGGAAGGAGAAAGACAAGAAGAAACGGAAGUGCGACAUUCAGGUCGACGAAAGCCCUGGGUCCGCCAAGAAAGAGGAAGAAGCCUCGACUUCGGUCGUAUCGACCUCGACGUCCGUCAUAAUCACCGAGAAAUCUAAGGUCGCAGUAAUGGCCCGCCCGUACGUUUCUCUUUCUUCUUUCCAUCCACUCGUGCAUAUUGCUACUGCUGUUCUCACCGCCAUAUCUUCCCCUGCACGAUCGUUCGCAACGACGUAUCUUUUCGUUUUACGGAUUCGAGCUCAUCGCGCCCGCCAUAUAGCCGCGAAAGGGCUUGCCUCAAAAUCCGCGGCCGCCAUCAACGAGAUCCUUGGCAUCUCGAGCUCCUCUACUGCCUUCUCCACGCCAUUCCUGACACCGUCCGCACCUGCGACGCCCUAUCCACCCGCAUCUUUGACGCCGUCGACACCGUCGACACCUCUGGAUGCACCUGCAGUCGACUUAAAGCUGCAGGACCUAACCACAUCCAGCAAGAGUGUCAUGGACUAUUUCCGGGAGAAAUUAGCGGCAAAGAGCCGCCCAUUGAGCUCAUCAGGUACGUCUGUGGCAGGGCUAGGCACCCCUGUCACGGCAGGCGCGAUGAAUGAUUACGAUGACCGUCCAAAGGGCGGUCUUGGCGCGUCAAGACUCCGCUUCGAAACGCAGGUGCCGGCGGAGGAGAUAAAUACGGUGCCACUUGAGCAAGAUAAUCACCCGCAGGCAGGGGCCGUUGAGGGUGGAAGACAGGAAAAUACAGCUGAGCUGCCGAAGAAGAAGGGUAAGAAGGAUAAGCGGAAAGACGGAGGUGAUGACGAGACUAGAGACUCGGAAACCGACACGAUGCAGAAUCUGGGAAGUGGAGUCGCAGCCACCGAGCGGAAAAAGUCGAAGAAACCGAAGAAGGCGAAGGAAAUUCGCCUGGCCGUUGCUGAUGGUACACUCCCCGGCAAACCAAUAGAGGCGGGCGCUCUACGGAAAGAAACGGUCGUCGAUCUUCCUGUGGAUGGUGAAAAGACGAAGAAGUCGAAGAAGAAGCGGGGGAAAGGGAAGCAGAAGGAUGUAGACGACUGA